AUGGGCUUAGGUGGUCUCGACAACGAAGCACUCAGCAAUGCGCCGGCAAGCAAUACUCAGCCAUCCAGCAACCUGACUCCUCUCGACAACGGUGUUGCUGGCUUUCAGCAAUCGCAGACAGAUCCAAUGUCGCAGCUGGAUCCGUUGCCGCCAAACCAGCCAUCUUGGCGCUAUUCGACCCAGCUCUUGCCUUCCCCACAGCCCUCACAAUCGUUGCAAGCCGCACACAUGCAGCCAACAGCAUACGCCAAAAAGAACUUCAUCUGGUCGACCGAAAACACUGUGCGCCUGGUCUCAAUUCUUUUCAACAACCAGACGCGUUCCACGAUCUCACUCUCAGGCUUCGGCAAACAGAAGCUUUCGAUAAACGAGUUCUUUCGACCGACGAGGUUAGGGAGAUUGCGGCUGCUGCGUUCUGUAGGCUUGCACGAUCAGGAAACGCAGCGCAGUGUUGGGAGCCUCAUUCGAUGGACCCAGAAGACGGUCGCUGGACUGCUGGAAUUGAACCGUGAGGUCAUGAAGUUUGCAAGUAAGGGCGAAAGGAACGCAGCAGCCGCUUGGGUUGGCAGAGAACUGGGGACCCCGAAUGCGGCAGGCGCUGGCUACUUGUUGACGGUACUCACGUCAAGCUUGCUGUUGCACCACGGCUGUUGUCCCAGGCGCAUCGCAACUCCGAAGCGAAAAGCGAACUACAGCAUCAACACUUCGGCUAGCAACAUGCGCAAGAAGCCCCGACUCUAUCUUGACGAAGCCGAGCUCAUCUGCGUUGACGCCGGUCACGGACACUCGACUUUCACUCUUCCGGGCAGAGAAGAGUAG